AUGGGAGCUGUAACCCGCAAUCACGCACUGAUCUUUCUCUCACUAAUAUUCCUUCUCUUACCUGCGGCACUCGCGAUCUCUCCCGAGAACGUUGAGGGAUAUAGCAUCAAUGGACGAGUCAAAUUUCCUGGUAGCAUAACAGGACCUGGUCUUCUACCGAAAAUAUCAAAUGUCAAAGUUAUUCUUAAUGGUGGCCAACGAGUUACUUUUUCAAGGCAUGACGGAUAUUUUUCUUUCCAUAAUGUGCCAGCAGGGACUCAUCUUAUUGAAGCGGCUGCUAUAGGUUAUAUCUUCUCUCCAGUCCGGGUUGAUGUCAGCGCUAGAAAUCCGGGCAAGGUUCAGGCAGCUCUGACAGAGAACAGGAGAGUAUUGAGUGAGCUUGUUUUGGAGCCUUUGAGAGAGGAACAGUAUUAUGAGAUAAGAGAACCAUUCUCCAUAAUGUCUAUUGUGAAGAGCCCAAUGGGUCUGAUGGUUGGAUUUAUGGCGAUUGUGAUGUUUUUGAUGCCCAAACUAGUGGAUGCAGAAGAAAUGAAGCGCGCACAGGAGGAAAUGAGAAACCAAGGUACGCCCUCUCUUGCGAACUUUUUAGCAGGAGCACAGAGGACCAGUUAA